ACCGUUACCAAGUUGCUCCUCGAGACGUUCAUCCUCACCAACAUGGCGGCGGAGUGCAGCAGCUGGAGCGCAGCGACGCGCCUCGGCUCAGCUUCACUAACUUAACUCGCAGAACCGUGUGAAUCGACGCAGCUUCGCAAAGAUUUAGUUCGUCGUUAGUGUCAUCGUCUUGUCGUGUACGUAUACGGACCUAUAGUGUGAUAUUCGACGUCGGAGGACAAGAAAAGCAUCUUUUUUAAAAAAAUUGUUUUAUCGGUUAUCGUGAUAACUUCCAAAACUCACCUGUUUGCCUUCGAGGGAAACGACGGAGAAACGCUGUAUUCUUCCAAACAAUAACAAGCCAUGUGAUGGUGUUUGGAGGACAUGUAUUUAAAUAUGAGUGAGAAUAAUUAUUCGCUAGAGGAGAGAGAUAGAGACAGACUUCCUCCCAUCAUAAACCCUAGUUUGGAUCGGGGUCCAAAGCUUCCUUUCUCCUCCUAUGGAAGUUUCAUCUCCACCCUGAACCACAAGAGAGAGUCGGGCAGUAACAGCCUGUCCACACAGCUCCUCUUACCUGCGGUCCGACAAGUGAGAGAGCUCCCUCCGAUCUAUCCAGAUGUCCGACAGAAGCAGCGGAUCUCAAUAGACGUUUUGCCUCCAGAAGUUAAAGCCCGCUUCGUUUCAGAUCCCAUCAUUCCCAUCCGGACCAAAACCUCCAAAGAGUUUCAGGAAGACGUUGAAAAGGCAACUAUCUCAGGUGAUUGGAAGCACGUCCAUGAUUUCUACAUGACCACAUUCGACUCCUUCUUGGAACUCAAUGCUGCUUUUAAGAGAGAAGCAAAUGCUCCAUUCAACACUAUUGAAGACUCAGGAAUAAACACCAAAUUUGUCAAUACUGUUUAUGAUGCUUUGCUUCACACGCCCCCUGAUACCCAGAAAUCAGUCCUGAAGGGAAUCAUUAAUAGCUUAUUAAGGGAAUGGAAAGGACCUCGGACAAAGGAUGACCUGAGGGCUUAUUUCAUACUCGUGCAGAACCCUCAGUACACGAGCACAGCCACAUAUGUCAUCUAUGCUCACUUACUGCGGCAAAUAGCGACGCUGCCUGAAGCAGAUCACCAUUUCCUGAUGCACUGGUUUAAGAAGCUAUCUCAGAAGCGUUUUAAGCAGCUGGUGGAACGCCUACAGCUCUUCAUCACCACACGGCUGUUCCCUGCCAAACCAGAGGAGUUACCGCCCAUUUCCAAGUGCUCGUGGUGGAUCCCAUCAGCCACCAAGGUUCUCUCCCUGCUCAAUGCUGCAAACAGCAUUUCUCUUUCUCCCAUCAUCCCUUUCUCUGAUUUCUACAAUCUCACACUGGACCACAUUGACUUCAUGGAGGACUACCAGACGUGGCAAGCUCAUGGAAAUUCCAACAGAUUCACCUUCUGCCAGUAUCCGUUUAUCCUGUCUACAGUAGUGAAGAAGGCUAUUAUCCAAAGAGACUCCGAGCAACAGAUGAUCAGCAUGGCCAGGCAAACCCUGGUGGACAAGGUCUCUCGCAGACAGAGGGUGGAUAUGAGUCUGCUUUUUCUCAACAUUAAAGUAAGGCGUCUGCAGCUGGUCAGUGACUCACUGGAUGAGCUUUCAAGAAAGAGAGCAGACUUGAAGAAAAAGCUGAAAGUGACGUUUGUUGGGGAAGCAGGCUUGGACAUGGGAGGACUCACAAAGGAAUGGUUUCUUCUCCUGAUUCGACAGAUUUUUCUCACUGACUACGGCAUGUUCACAUAUGUGAAGGAAUCUCAGUGUCACUGGUUCAGCAACUGGAAGUGUGACAACUGCUCAGAGUACAGACUGGUUGGAGCUCUCAUGGGCCUAGCCGUGUACAACAGCAUCACCCUGGACAUCCGAUUCCCGCCCUGCGUCUACAAGAAGCUGCUGACUCCUCCCAUAGUGCCGUGUGACCUUGAUGCCCCUGUCGGCAUGGCGACCCUCACCCUGGACGACCUGCAGCAAAUCAUGCCUGAUCUUGCUCAUGGCCUUGCAGAGCUACUGAGCUAUGAGGGAAAUGUUGAAGAGGACUUCUAUACAACCUUUCAGGUUUUUCAAGAAGAACUUGGAGUAGUCAGAUCACACAACCUGAAGCCAGGUGGGGAUAAAAUCCCUGUGACUAACCAGAACAGAAAAGAGUACGUGCAGCUGUACAUUGAUUUCCUGCUGAAUAAGUUCAUCUACAGACAGUUUGCUGCAUUCUACCAUGGCUUUCACAGUGUGUGUGCCUCUAAUGCCUUGAUGUUGCUGAGGCCAGAGGAGGUUGAGAUCCUGGUUUGUGGGAGUCCCAAUCUGGACAUGAGCUCUCUGCAGAGGGUGGCGCAGUAUGAGGGCUACAGCAAGACAGACGCCACCAUCCGUGCAUUCUGGGACGUGGUUCUAGCGUUCCCUGCAGAUCUGCAGAAGAGGCUUCUCCACUUUACAACAGGAAGUGACCGUGUUCCUGUGGGAGGGAUGGCAGACCUCAACUUCAAGAUCUCCAAGAUUGAUGUUUCCACAGACUGGUUACCUGUUUCACACACAUGCUUCAAUCAGAUCUGCCUGCCACCCUACAAGAGCAAGAAAGAACUACGGCAAAAGCUAACCAUAGCCAUUUCCAACGCUGAGGGCUUUGGCUUGGAGUAGUGUGACGGUCCAAAGGAUCCCCACAAGACUCUCUAUUCAUUUACUGUUCGAUUUGUUCAGUGGUUGCACAUUAGGCUACAUUAGUAAAUGAUUUACGCACUGUAGCUGUCCUUUAAGCUAGAGCUGAAGAUUCACUAGUAUUAGGCCAUUUGAUAUGGCUAUGGUGUGUAUCAUUGUGUUUUAGCUCUGUGUGUGUGUGAGCGUGAGUGUGAGUUAAAAAUCUGUCAUGAACCAGGAUUCGAGAAAGAAUCCAGUUAAUCUGUACUGUAUGCCUAGAAGUGUUCAGAUGUUGUGUUGUCUUGUGCAUAUCGAGGACCAAACCUUCUGUUUUAAUAGAAUAUGUUUUGUUUUAUAGCUUUGACAAAAUAUCAGCAUGUGAUAUAUUCACACUGUAUCCUAUAGUCUAUAUCACUAUAGUCCAUGGUGGAGAGGUAUUUAAAUGAAAUGACCACAUCAGACUUAAACUUGGCAUCUUUAUGACUUUGAUUCUGUUUGUCAAACAGGGAUCUUAUGUAAUAUCCCAGAGUUGUGCAAUGAGGAGGACUGAAAAUAGGCCAGAGUGAAGCCUGGGCCAUAAAAUAGCUGUCACUGAGGCUGCUCCUGGUCUGAGUGUUUAAAGCCACAGUGCCGUGUCUCCUUGACUCCCUGCUCAUAACCAAGGAUGUUAGUGUGUGAAUGAUUUCUGUAUUUCCUCAAAUUUGCAUCCAGUUUUUGAUUGUUAUGGCUGUUAAACAUUCCGUAACUAAAUCCCUAUGAUUGUUUUCCUGCUCACAGAUGGUUUUGUUCUGUAUAUAAUUCUGAAAGUGUUGACGACCCUUUCGUAUUGUCUGUGAAAGGAAAGGAAUCUCCAAGUCUUUUGUGUUAGUUAUUACUGACUUUUCUCCAAAGCAAAGUGGACACAUCUGAUUACAGCAGGUACACAACAACAAUCCGAACAGAUUAAUUUAUUUGCAGCUGUUCCACUUUGGGUGUUUUUUCUACUUUAUAUAGUUGAUGAAAAUUAAUUGAUUGAUUUUUUUUUUUUUGCUCAUUCAGAUCACAUGAUAUAGUUGAUUGGUUAUAAUUAUACAACUUCCAACAGUUAUAACAUCUUUCCUCUACUCUCCUCCUGUCCAACUCUCCUCCUCUCACCUCUUCGCCCUUCCUCUCCUCUUCUCCUGUCCUCUCUUCUCUCCUCUCCUCUUCUCCUCUCCUCUCAUCAUCAAUCUGUCCCACUCACUGGAAUAAAAUCUUGUGCCUGGUUUCUUCCAUAGACAUUAGAUUAAAUCUGUUGUCUUGAUCGUCAGCUAGAAUCUUGCAAGUGAUCACUUUAUCGUUUAUUCUGUUGUAUGACUGAAUACAAAUGUAUUUGCCAUGUAUUUAUUUUAACUUUGCUCAUUUUGAAUGAUUAAAGUUAUACAGCUACA